CCGUGUGGCUCCUGGUGUCAUCGUAACAACUGCGGUUGUCUCGGAUACUUAUUGCGCCAGCUGGUUUAAAGAAAAGGGGAUGACUUAUCCGAGGAACAAAUUGCGUGUCCGAAGACCGUAUGUGACCCCCCCCCCUCUCUUUUUGUAUCAGGCGAGUCCUUGUGUGACUGACUCCAUGGAAGGUGUGUAAGCGUGCUGCGUUUGCUAUCCUGACUUGGCGCGAGAGUGGAGGUGCAGUUGAAGAUGUGUGACAGACGGGGAGGCUCCCCCCCUGACCUCUCCCCCGGCUGGGGGCCAGCGCUGGCCACCUGCCCGUUCGAUGUCCCGGGACUGGAGAUCAAACUGGGAGCCCUGGUGGUCCUGCUAGCCACUACGCUGGUCUUUGGCUUUGCCCCCCUUUGCCUUGUCAGGAGCACCGGGAGAUGUAGUGUCACUCCAGAGACGCGGCACAGGGUCCUGAGUUUGAUCAGCUGUUUUGCUGGUGGCGUCUUCUUGGCUACGUGCCUGCUGGACCUCCUUCCUGACUACCUGGAGGGGAUCAACCAAGCCUUCAGCAAUGUGGGAAUCACGCUUCACUUCCCUUUACCAGAGUUCAUCAUGGCUAUGGGCUUCUUCCUGGUUCUGGUUUUGGAGCAGAUUGUCUUGGCUCUUAAGGACCAGUCGCCACACCCCUCUGAGGAGAGACGUGCACUACUGGUGGACUCCAGCGUCCAAUCAAAUGAUAGGAAUGGGUGGAGACCCUCCCACCACCACAGCACAGAGGAGCUUGGUCGUUCCAGAGGGGUGGGGCCAGAGGGAGACCACUUCCACGUGGAUUUCAACUCCCACUCUGCUCUGCGGGCCUUCAUCCUGGUCUUCUCCCUAUCGCUGCACUCGGUGUUUGAGGGCCUGGCUGUGGGGCUUCAGGAGGACAGCAAGGAGGUGUUGGAGAUCUGCCUGGCUCUGAUGAUCCACAAGAGCGUCAUCUCCUUCAGCCUGGCUCUCAAACUGGCCCAGGGUCGUCUGCGGCGGGCUGCAGUGGUCGGCUGCCUGAUUCUCUUUGCUGUGAUGUCGCCACUUGGCAUCGGCUUGGGCAUCGCACUCACCGAGACCAAGGCAUCCAUCCAGCACCAGCUGGCCAGAUCCACUUUGGAGGGGCUGGCAACAGGCACCUUCAUCUACAUCACCUUCAUGGAGAUUCUUCCUCAUGAGCUGGCCUCUGCCCACAAUCGUCUCCCUAAGGUUGCCAUGCUGCUGUUGGGCUUUGCGGUAGUCACAUCAGUGUUGUUUAUCAAACUGUAGCCUGGACAUGGUCACUCCGAGGUGGGAGACACCGUCUUGCAAGUGGGAGAAGAGUUGGCUUAUUUCCAUCAACAGAAAUCUGCUCUGCUAACGCAUACUUGUGCAAGACACUGAGCAUGUGCUUGAUAGUUGUAAAUUGCUCUGUAACAGAAUGCCACAUAAAUGCCUGAAAAUAUCAGCAUGUGAUAUCGGUAACAGUAUCAAUCCUCCAUGUCAGAAUUGAUGAAACACUUCACCAUAGGGAACACAGUAGUGUUCUUCUUCAAGUCCUGUCAGUUCUUCACGGUAAUCCAACAUAAAAUGGAAAAUAGUAUUGUGUAAUCUCAGACUGCUAUCUUGUGGUACGGGAGGAUUUCUAAAUUUGCCUCUUUAUUUGCCAACAUAGAAAAAGAAGCCUUUCAUUUUGUAUUUUUUAAGGCUGUGUUGAUCAACUACAAUAGGUUAGUUGUUCAAAUAUGAGGAAUAAUUAUGACUUGGCUUCAAAUUUAAAUGAGACUGUUGAGGCAUUGGCACAUCCAAGUACUGUAUUUUUCUAAUUGUGAUGUACUUCCAAAGAAGUUUGACCAAAAUAACAUUUUAACACUUUUAAUAGCACUGCUGAAUAUGUAAAACACUAAUUUUGUAUUGUGAAGAAACCUGAGCAGCUGUUAAAACAACAUUGCUGCUUAGGGAAAACGUUCUUAAUUUUUUUUUUCCAAAUUAAAAAAUGAUUGGUUUGUAAAUUGUUGGUUUCAAAUUAAA